AAUCAUCUUUCUCCGGCGAAGAUCCAACAUAUGACCCGACUCGGUAAUCUGGGCUGUAGUUAGUUGGGCCCUUUUGAAAGUCCAAAUAAUUUAUUUUGAAAGCCCAAAUAUUUUCGUGAGAAAAAGUCUCCGUCGUGUUACAACGAUCAGCCUCCAACGCCGCCUCGUCGCCGUCAUCAAGCUCUUACCUUCUCACCCCCAGCUCCGAUGGCAUGGCUUGUGGUUUCUGUUUCUCUGGUUGUUAUCUGGGUGGCUUCUUUAUGCAAAGUUUUCUUCGGAGCAACAUCUAGCUCCCGUGCUACUAUUCUUGAUGAUGGUAAAACCCCUCAAAAGAAAAAUGUGAUGUUCAUUAUCGCACAUCCUGAUGAUGAGUCAAUGUUCUUUUCUCCAACGAUAAACUACUUAACUUCCAAUGUAGACAAUCUUCACAUAUUAUGCUUGUCUACAGGUAACGCUGAUGGUAUGGGAAACACUAGGAAAGAUGAGCUGCAUCAGGCGUGUGCAGUGCUCAAGGUUCCGCUUCAACAGUUAAAAGUUCUGGACCAUCCAAAUUUACAGGAUGGCUUUGGGCAAGUAUGGAACCAUGAUUUGCUAACAGAAAUUAUCGAAGAAGAAGUCACUAAACACGAUAUUCACACGAUCAUAACAUUCGAUAACUAUGGUGUUUCUGGUCAUUGCAAUCACCGAGAUGUGCAUCGUGGAGUAUUAACGUUCUUGCAGACUAAUUCAGGAAGACAUAUCAAAGCUUGGGAACUCGUAAGCCUAAAUAUCUUUCGCAAGUACUGUGGACCUGUCGACAUUUGGCUGUCAAUUUUAUCCGCCAGAAAACAUCCAAGUAAUGUAAUCAUCAUAAACGAGCAGCCUUGGAAAAGCUUCAAAGCAAUGGCACAACAUUUAAGCCAGUGGGUUUGGUUUCGGAAGCUUUUUGUUUCGUUUUCAAGCUACACAUACACGAAUACACUUAAUAGAAUCAUUCCUUGAGUCAGAUUUUGAGGCUACUCAGCUAACGAGCUCUUGUCUGAGGCAAUGGUUAAACAAUUUUGAACAAAUACGGUAGCUUGUAAUGUUGGAUCAUUGACGAUUUAUUAAUUUGGCAUUCUGUAUAAUUAUUUUGUGUAAAAACACUUUGACUAAUUCAGAUGUAAACAGUCACAAAAGCUUGCCAAGUUAAUCAUAAGACAUAGAGUCAUAGAGCCACCUUAUUUUUA